AUGGAAACAGAAAACCAAACAGGAGUUUUAGAGUUCAUCCUCCUUGGACUUUCUGAGGAUACAGAACUGCAACCUCUCAUAUUUGGGCUUUUCCUGACCAUGUACCUGGUCACCAUGCUUGGGAAUCUGUUCAUCAUCCUGGCUGUUAGCUUUGACCCCCACCUCCACACCCCUAUGUAUUUCUUCCUCUCCAACCUGUCCUUGGUUGACAUCUGUUUCAGCAAUACAGUCGUCCCAAAGGUGCUAGUGAACAUCCAGACAGAGAACAAAGCUAUCUCCUACCUGGACUGCCUUACUCAGGUCUAUUUUUCCAUGCUUUUUCCCAUUCUGGACACUUUACUCCUGACUGUGAUGGCCUAUGACAGGUUUGUGGCCAUCUGUCACCCCCUGCACUACACAGUCAUCAUGAGCUUCCACCUCUGUGGCCUGCUGGUGUUUACUACCUGGAUCAUUGGCGUCAUGAUAUCCCUUCUCCAUAUUUCUUUGAUGAUGCAUCUGACCUUCUGUAAAGAUCUUGAAAUUCCACAUUUCUUCUGUGAAGUGACAAAGAUUCUCAAUCUUGCCUGCUCUGAUACCUUCCUGAAUAACACAUUGUUAUAUUUUAUGACUGGUUUGCUGGGGGUUUUCCCCCUAAUUGGGAUUCUUUUCUCUUACUCACGAAUUGUUUCAUCCAUCAGGAAGAUGUCCUCAUCUGAGGGAAAACAGAAAGCAUUUUCCACUUGUGGUUCUCACCUCUCAGUCGUUUCUUUAUUUUAUGGGACAGGCGUGGGAGUCUACUUCACUUCUUCAGUGGUUCAUCCCUCCCAGAGUGUCUCAAUAGCCUCAGUGAUAUACACUGUAGUCACUCCCAUGCUGAACCCCUACAUCUACACUCUGAGGAACAAGGAUGUUAAGGAGUCCCUGGGAAGGCUCCUCCACAGAGCGGCCUCUUGUCUGUGA